UAGAGGUUGGGGGCCUACGUGCAGGUCGUCGCGGGAUGAGCUCCUAUAUAAAUGCCAGGACAAGGAGGGGAAUGUUCUAACAGAUAACGACACAAUCUUGUACUCAACGCUGCAGAUAAAACACACCGAUCUCUACUCGCCAUUAUGUCUCUGUCCGCUGCCGAAGCUGAUCUCUUGUCCAAGUCAUGGGCCCCAGUCUUCGCCAACAAAGACGCCAAUGGCGAUAACUUCCUUGUUGCUCUCUUCGAGAAGUUCCCCGACUCUGCCAACUUCUUCGCUGACUUCAAAGGCAAGAGUAUCGCCGACAUCAAGGCCUCCCCCAAGCUGCGUGACGUCUCUUCCAGAAUCUUCGCUCGUCUCAACGAGUUCGUGAACAACUCUGCUGAUGCCGGCAAGAUGAGCGCUAUGCUCGAUCAGUUCGCCAAGGAGCACGCAGGCUUCGGUGUGGGAUCUGCCCAGUUUGAGAACGUCCGUGCGAUGUUCCCCGGCUUCGUGGCCUCCGUGGCUGCCUCCCGUGCCGGCGCCGACGCUGCCUGGGACAAGCUCUUCGGCUACAUCAUUGACGCCCUCAAGAAGUCCGGAAAAUAAGACUGUUUAUUUUUUUCUUCUUCAUUUCACUUCACGUUUACUCAUAGAAUCACAUGUAUAUUUCAUUAACCUGAUCUAAUUAUUCUGCUUUUCUUAAACGUCUCUUGGUCGUCUACGGAUCGCUUUGAUUGGUAGAAAUAUUGUUACAUUGCCGUUUGCACACUGUUUUCUUCUGAACAGCCUGACUGACUGCCGCUUAGUUGGAAAAAUGAUUGAUGACCCUGAGAAAAAAAGAGCGAAUGUUGAAAUUGAUUUCGUUGGUAGGAUGCUGAUAAUACUUUGAUUUAUGAAUGCUGAUUUUCUGAAUACUGUACAUUCCAUAUUUUUAUAACGUGCCUGAAAACAGGAAACUUUAUGAAAGAGAAAACACUGUAGAAACAACAAGACAAACUAACAUAGCUAUAACUUUGUUGAAGGCUAUUAUGUCCAAGGACCUUGAGGCUUUUCACAGCCCAGAUUUCUAGCACAAUUAAAAAAGAUUGUAACAAAAAAUGAAAUGUAUGAUUGGUUGGUACUUCCAUUCCAAAAGCUAAGUAACUGAUCAUCAUGGAAGUACCUAUUUCAUUAAUGUGGAUGCACGGCAAGAGAUGUCUCGUCUCGCAAAUUGAUGAUACUUUUGUGAUGGCUUUGUACUAGCUUCUUUAUUCUCUUCCUUUCAUGUGUCUUGAAAUAAACCAAAGACUUAUUUAUUGUGA